UUGGAUUCCUGAGCGGGCCCAUGGCGUGCAUUAGCGGAGAAUUUCUUCGCUAGGACGCGGUUACGCUGAACCCUCUUUUGAGUGCGUUUCGUGAAGCCGUUGUAUAUGGGACAGUCUCUGCAGAUGGAGAUGUGGAAGGAAGGGAACAGGAUUCACAUCCAGUGCAAGGUGAAGGAGAGCGGAGACGUGGUGCUGUCUGGAGCAAAUAUAGAUCUGCAGACGGAUGUGUGUGUCAGCGCCGGGUCUCCGCAGAGCCUCGGCCUGCAGAGCGACCUGGUGUUCUCUGAGAUCGCACGCAGGAUCAGAGACGGCGGAGAGGAGCUGGUGAAGAAGGUCAAUGCUGUGUUCGGAUGGAGAUCAGCAAAGACGACAGAACCAUCCGAGACUGGAGUGAACCAGACACUGCAGAAUAUCAUUCAUUCUCUUAACACAAGCAAAGAUAUCUGCCAAGGGGCGAGGAAUAUAAUUAACUAUUAA